AUGGAGGCAAGAAAAUCUGUUCAGAACCUUACUGAAACAAUUCAUUCUCUACUAGGACUAAAAGCCCAUUUUACCUCCAGCUGGGUCAAAUCGUUUUGUGAUAUAAUAAGACACUUGCCAUCCGAAGGACCAUCCAAUGACUUGAAAGCAGAAAAUUCUAAAACAAGUGUUUCUUUUGGCAACAAAGAAGAUGAUUUGGCCAGUGCAAUCUCAAAAAUCAAAGAUGAACUUACUGCCUUAACUGCAAACAUAAAUCAAUUAAAUAUUCAGAGAAGGCAGGUCCUCAAUGAUUUUCUGGACUUGAAAGGGAACAUUCGUGUAUUUUGUCGCAUAAGACCCGUCGCAUUGGGGGAGAAUUUUGGCAAUUUUAAACCUAUUGUAGCUAUGGAUUCAAGUUAUGUUCUUCUAAGGCUUUCAGAUAAUAAGAGUAGAUGUUACAGUUUCGACAAGGUUUUCCUACCAGGUUCAUCACAGUUUCGAUAA